UUGGGGAACUGAUGAGCGCCUGUUUUUAUAUUCAACGCCGAAUGCAGCCUGUCUCUUUUAAUUGCAGAAGGCAGGAUGGUUAGGUUCCUUUCGAUUAUCCCCUAUCGACCUCCCUUUAAGCCUCAUGCGCCCGGCUCUUCUCCGACUGCUGAGGAGGCCAUCAGCGCUCUCAGUCAUUGAUUCCUUAAUAUCCUCACCCCUUGGGAUUGAACAGUUGGAGAAUGGACUUAGACAUAUCUGCUGUCGUUGCGAAACGCUGAACCCACGCUUUCAAAACCGCGCUUCGCGUAUUAAACCGGGUAAACCAGCUCACAACGAGCUCCCGAGCCGUGCCACAAGACACGCCUCCGGAUUUCGCGUACAUGAAAUUCGAACUCUGCCGACAAAUUCAGGCAUAAAUAGCGAGUCUGGGAGAUCCAUAUCCAACGGAGAUUCACCUGUGAGCUGGAAACAAUUGGGGUUAGAUCCCGAACGACUCGAACUCGAGUCUGAUGUGGGCCAUACACGCGACAUCGGGACACGUUUAGUCGAUGACCCAUCCCAUCAAACCGAUUUCUCUCUUUGGCUUGAAUUGCUUCGAUAUCGACAACGACGCUAUGGAGAUAACGGAACAUUGGAUAUCUGGGAGGGAUUGAUGACGCGAGUUGGCGGACUACACCUACCAGUGGAAGGAGAAACUUCGGAUGUCCUCUGGCAAAGCUUUGUGGACUUGGGAUUUAAGCGGCAGGGUAUUUUGAACGAGCUGGCCGAUUACUCUCUAGUCCUGUGGAACAAAACGGGGAAACGGUGGCCCCGGCUUUAUCAAAGCAUCGUGGGCGAGUUUAUUCAGCGUGGAAUGACGCAUCAGGCUGUGAACUGGCACAAACGUCUUCAGCACCCUCAUUUAUCAAGGCCAAAUGAUAUAUUCCAGUGCUUUAAACCGAUAGCAUCCUUCUCUACCAAUCCGGUGAGACACCCGGCUGGUUUCGCGAGGCCACAAGAAUGGACAUUGGCUUCGAGACUAUCCGCAUUGCGGACGAUCUGCAAAUACACAAAAGGCCACCGUGUGUACGGCUUGGUUCUCUCCGCCUUAUUAGAAGAAGGUAGUCUUAAAGAAGCACUCCAGAUGCAUCAUUUCCUGGUUCAGCGGGGUGACCAUCCGCGAUCCUACGAUGACCUCCGGUCGCUGCUUCAAUACACAAAGGGGCACGGUUCCAUCAGCACCUACAACCAACUCCGUCAAUAUGCAAAGCGCCGGUUUUUCAAGCAACACAAGCAGACCGAAGCUGUGGAUUUAGAUACUCCCACGGACGAAUCCUCGAAGUCCAAUCCCGGAGAGUGGAUGGAGGAAAAGCAGUUUAAAGAUGAUUUUGGAGCCCGAAUAUUCGCGACAAAAGCUCUUAACUUUGAAAUGAUCCUUUCCGGACUGAAGAUGUUUGGCGUGCCUGCCAUUGGACCCCAAUCGUUGCGAGAGAUGGCUACAAGAGCUCGGGGGAGCCAAGAUAUACUGAAAAAACUCGGGCAGCUGGAAGAAGGAGGCAUUUCGAUUGGAAAUAGCGUCUUUUCGAGACUAUUGCGCAGGCUAGCGAUAGAAAAUCGCGAAAUUGUCCUUUCCGAUCUCAUUGGCAGUGACCAGCAUCCGGACAUGCUUGAAGACGCAGAGACGCAGGAAUCAUUACUGGUGGGCUACUACACUGUGCGUGAUUGGCGACAGUAUAAUUUAACCCUAGCAGUCCUGAGGGAGCUGCUUGGAGAAGGACCGAAGUUAUUUGAUGUGCAUAUUCGGAAACACAUCGCGGCGGGUGAAUGGGCCAUGACGUCCAAAGUAGUUGAUGAGAUGCUCGCCCAGAGUGCUAUCCCAUCUAGCGAGACUAUCACGUUCAUGGUCAAACAAGCUUUGAGCCUGCGCAAACCGGGAGUCGGGCCAGUCCAGCAACCAAACGUUUGUCCUACGCAGGAAGUAACGUUUGUCUUUCGUGUCUUACAACGUAUCGUCCAAGCCGGCGCAGAGGUAUCUCCAAGACUUUGGAUCGAAUUGAUCAAGCGGUUUGGAAUGACCGAUAACUGGGACGAGUUAAGAUCAUGUUGUCUCUGGCUAGCUCGCCACUAUUCUCCUCACCAUACCCUCGCGACCCCUAAAUCUUCUGAGAGCGCACAGUCCAUUACCCCUAUACUCCCCCGCGCCCACAACCACCAAAUUCUCCGAAGAAUUUUCACCCGUCAGCUGCAGGAUGCUAUUAUCGCCUGGGGGUUCACCAUCCAACCUCCUAGCAGGGUUAGGACCUACCUGGCGACCGGCGUGAAGGGGGACAAACUCGUCCCGUUUGUGCGUGGUAUAGUCCUCCUGCGCGAACUUAAACAGAUAGGGGUUCAUCUUCAGCUGCGGCGUAUCCCUCGCACGUGCCGUCAACGGUUUACUAUUCUCUACGGUCGGCCGAUAUUCUCCAACCGACCGAAAAACCGGGCGUUGCGGCGAGAGAAUCCUUACGUGGCCGAGCAGGUAAUUGCGGAUAUCAACCGAGCAUGGGGAGAGCCACUCUUUAGCGAUCAGGAACGCAACCGCUUAGACCGAGCGAUGUAUACGCCUAGCUAUCGACCACGGCCUCGGGCUCGCCUUGGCCCAAGCACUGUACAGUAGUAGAUAUGAUUUUAGAAUAAUAUAUAACCUAGUUAACUAUAGUGACAAGAUGGAAAAUUAC